UCGCUCUUUGUGAUAAUCUUCUUUUUUGAUCAAUACAAGAAAUAGUAUUUGUCCCAUCAGACCUUCGAUAACCCCGCGGUCCCUUGAGAGCUGCGGACAUGACGUCACUCUGACAAAACAGUAAACAUGGCGAUCGUUCAGGCACGGGCUUUGUACGACUUUGAUGCACAGCCAGGCACAGGAGAACUUACUAUCAAGGAAGGGGAAGUCCUCUCAGUUUUACGGCAGGAUGUGGGGGAAGGAUGGUGGGAAGGUACCAAUUCUCAGGGACAAACUGGACUCUUCCCUGCAGCAUAUGUGGAGGAGGUGACAACUGCACCUCCUGCCAUGCCUCCUCCACCAUUACCAACAGAGUAUGCUAACACAGGGGAAUGGUCUGACAAUUGGUCUAAUGUUGGUGCUGGAACUGGAGGAGGAGGUGGAGGCGAAGGCGUAGGCUUCAAUGCAAACACAGCUUCCUCUAAUGUUGGUUACAGUGCAGAGACUCAAAAGAGACCUGUGUCACAACAGAUGAGCUAUGAUAAUGAUGAUUGGGAUGAUGACUGGGAUGAUGACGACUCGGAAACAGGCACCAGCAAUCUGAAUGGUGCAGGCAACUUCGGGUUAUCAGCACCAAACCGUUCCGUAAAACCUACAAGCAGUGUCGGGGAUGUUAGUUCAGCAGGUCGUGAUGGCCGCGGAACUGUGAAGAAGAGCUUCAAUCGUUUCUCCAAUCUAGCAAAGAGUGGAGUAGAGGAUUUCCUUGUGGGGGCUGGAAAGGCAUCAGUGGAUGAGAAGGAAAAGGUGUAUGUAGACGAGACGGCAAAUGGGCCACGGUGGAGACCAAAUCCCCAUGAAUUUACAUGUGCUAUUUCUUCACCCAAAAAAGAAUCAAAAUUCCAUGGAAUGAAAAGUUUCAUUGCCUACACAGUUAUGCCAUCAUUUUCUUCUACAUCAGUUUCAAGGAGGUACAAACAUUUUGACUGGAUACAAGCACGACUGAGUGAGAAGUUCCCUCUCAUACCAAUACCUCCACUUCCAGAAAAACAGAUAUCGGGUCGAUUUGAGGAAGACCUCAUUGAAUACAGAAUGACAAUGUUGCAGUCUUGGAUAGAUCGAAUUUGUCGUCACCCAAUAGUAGCACAGUGUGAGGUAUUCCACCAUUUUGUUACAUGUCCAAAUGAUGAGAAAUUAUGGAAAACUGGCAAGCGAAAAGCUGAAAAUGACAAAUUAGUUGGAGCAAACUUCUACCUGGCCAUUGAGCGAUCAGAUCAACCUUUGGAUAUGAUCCAGACGGAAGCCAAAUUAGAAGGGUACACUCGCUUCUUCUCCAAUAUGGAUGAAGCUGUGAAGUUACUACAGAACACUUGCUUGGACCAAGCUAAAAAGCAUCAGACAGCUUAUAAGAGAGAAUAUAACAAGGUUUCACAUGCAUUCUCCAAGCUUAGUCGAGCAUUUGACACAGACCCAUCCAACUGUGCUCCAGGACUGACUGAAGCAAUCCAUCAUGUCAGUGAGGCCUAUGCAGAUAUAGGCACUGUAUUUGAGGAGGAACCAAAGCAUGACUGGGAUCCUCUGUGUAAUCUUCUGUUCGAGUACAAGGGCUUGAUAGACGGAUUUCCAAGUGUCAUUUCGGUUACCAAGGGAGCAAUAGCAAAGAGGAGACAAGUGGAGAAGGAAGCUAGUGAAGGAAGGUUGGACUAUGACCAAGUUCCUCCCAUGAUUAAGCGCUCUGAUACAGUUGCAUAUGCCCUUCAUGCAGAAGUAGCACAUUUCCAUGAUGAACGCACCAGGGACUUCAAGAAGGCCAUGACUUCCUUCCUCACUGAACAAAUCAACUUUUAUCAAAAGGUAACUGACCGGCUACGUGAAGCAUUACAGCAAUUUAAUGAUGUAUAAGCUUGUGAUACAUUAGUAAUGUAUUUUAAUGUUUGUUUAGCAUGACUUGCUCACGGUAUGGAAAUCAAUUCAGAGUAUUGGAUUAGGAUGAGUAGUUGUUUAAAGUUCAUUAGAAAGCCAGUAAUAUUUAAUAGUCUAUCAUUAUGAUAUAUAAGUGGUCAUAAAAUCUUUAAAGUCAGAUGAUGAGUAAAUUUGCAAAGAAAACCUAAGAGACAGAAAUGAAAAAAACAAAUUGCUUAAAUUUCUUGUAAGACUUCUAGCAUAUUAACCUGACCCAGAUGGGUCGCGUGUGUCGGCGUCAUAACAAACCGCUAGGACUGCAGGGUAUGCCAGUAUGCACGGCAACGUGCCAGAGUGCAUGGAGUGGGAUGUUAGGCUUAAUGUCACAAACUCCCGCACUCAGUGUCUGGCCGUUGCCAGAAAUCACCAGAGUUUAUCACGCUCAGGGAUUUCUGUUCACCCGGCGGUGAUGGGUUAAUGGUGUUUUUAAUGCUCAGGAUUGUACAUGUUUGGUAGAGGUUGAUAAGGCUCCAGUAGAAAAACAUCAUACUUCCAAAUAGGGCUGUGUAAAUCCUUUUUGGUGCAAUUUCAUCUUGAGAGUAUUCCAAAAGGUUAUUACAGUGGAUGAUAAAUGAUUUAGUAAAUUAGUUUACUCUCAUAUUACCAAAAUGGAUAAGCUACUGCUUAUAAUUUGGGUGGAGGCUUGGUAAAAAUGGGCUGAGACUAGAGCAUAGUAACACAAUCUGAGGAAGAGUUAACUCGUUAAGAAAUUAAGGCCAUUGAUAUCAUGAUUCAUAUUGAGGUUUUGGCAUUUUCUUGGGAACACUUUUGCCACUGCUGGCACUAAAGAAGAAUUGAUAAAUAUGUUUAGAUAAUUAGUGCCAAACAUCUUUAGUAGUAUACAGUACUUUUAUAGUAUGUUUGUCAUUGAGAAGCAACACACAAUUCAGGGACAAGGAUCAUAAAACUGUACUUGUACUGUAUAAAUAUAUAUAUAUAUAUAAAUGACAUGCAUUUUAGAUAUAAAUAAUUACUAUGCACUACAAAGUGCCAAUGGUGACACAAGUUUUUUUGAGUUUAGGCCUUGAUAGCUAUCUGAACUGGUGCUCCAGAUUAUGAAACACGUUACAAUAUUAUUGCCUAUUUGAUGUAAGAAUUUGGGUCUAGGAUGACACUGAAGAUGAGGUGUUAGAAAUUCUAUAAACCGAGUAGCAAUAAGCUUUUAUUUCACUGUAAGCAACAUACAUAAGUUCCUGUAGAGCUUGCUUCAUACACUGUACGAAUUGUUGGUAAUUGAUUUUGUCCACUAACACUGAAGCACUAAAUUCCAUGAUAUCAUAUGAAGUAAUGUUACUUGUACUCUAGGCAUUUAGAGCAAACAAUUUGCAUCCUCAGCUUGGAUUAUGGAAGAUAGGGCAUUAAACCAAAGACAUGUGUGAUAAUUUCUUGUGGUCUGUUGUAUGAAGUAUUUGGGACUUGAUUGUUAUACGAAAAGAGAUUUCUAGACAUGUAAAAAUAUCUUAAAUAAUGGUUCAUAAAAAUCAGGAGAACGUAUUGUGAAUGCAAGGUUUCGAGGUGAGCAAUACAAGAACCUAUAUUUUGUUAUGCUCAUUGUAGCUUGUCCUGCUGCCAGUGAAUUUGGAAUCCAAACAUUUCUGGUGAUUCCAAACAUUAUGUUUUUAAUAUAUGUACAUACUUUUAUUUAGAUUAAGAGUAGAGUUUUCAAUAUUCUGUCAUUAUACCAUGUUCCAAGGCAACUGCCAGUAUUUUUUCCUUUUCUGCAAGGAUUGUGAAAGUUGAAUGCCAAGUCUGAUAACAGGCUUGUGUAAACAAGAGUGAGUGCCUUAAUUCAUUAUCCUUUUAUAGCGCUUUUGUUGAAGUCAUAAUAGCCUCGCUGCUAUAAAGCCAACUUGUAAUAUUUCUGCUGUAUGGAGAAUGUUGCAUCCUCUGAUGAUAAAUCCAAUCUGGUAUGUGAGACUGAAUAUGUAUAAAUAGAUGAGCUUAACUACAGGCUCAUUUUUCAUAGUAGCAGCUGGAAAUAUUACAUUUGGUUAUUUACCAAAGUUACAGUGUCCUUCAUGAAUUUGUCAUUUCAAGAUGUUUUAUCAUUUCUGGAUGUAGCAGCUACUAUUUAUAUGAUUGUAUAGAAUACUACAAGAUCAGAGAUGAUUAGUCAUAACUGGUACCAUUUUCCUAGUGCUGAUAACCUGUGGAAUGAAAGCAAGCCGGAAGAGAUAAAAUGUGCAAAUGCUUUUCUUGAAAAAUUUCUAAGAGUCCAGAUUUCAUUCAGGUCAUUUUUUUCAUGCAGUUGUUUCCACCCAUUCAUGCCCUGAAUUUUACAAUUUCAUUUGAUUUUUGAAGUUUUGUUCCAUAUUAGUACGUGAGAAAAUGGCCCUUUUCUGUUUUAUUGUAGUUACUGACUUUGAUAUCCCAUAGUUAUUACUACUGCCUUCUUUCAUUUUUUAAUAGAUAUCUUGGGGUGAAAAUAAGAAUGACUUUAUUUUCAAAAAGAUCGUAUUGCAAACUUAUAUUGAUUGCACAUUUUAGUGAUAUUGAAACUAUUACUUAAUAUAUUUACUUACUGACAUUGGAUACUGUGGUGAUCCUUUAGUUAAGAAAAUACCUGACUGAGAAUAUAAUUUGCAAUAAAGGGGAACAUCAUUCAAAUGAAUUAUUGCAUUGCAAGGAGAACUAUUUUCAGAUUCUUUUCAAGUCCUAGUCUAGUUUGUGCUAUAGUUCUUAUUUCCUAAGUAAUAUUCCAUGUUAUUAUAUCAUAUAACACUUGCACACAUCACACUGAAGCACGCUGACAAGGAACACUUUCCUACGGCACCUGUGUGUUAUGUAGUUAACAUAUGGAUAAUUAUUUGGUUGUAAAAAGGUAUAGCGUGUGUGUUUGGGUGGUUGAUCUGUGAAGAGGUCUUAUUCUUCAGCCCACUUUCUUAUAGUCUGUACAUAAAUAGAUAUAUUUGUGAAACAUCAGUUUUAUAGACAUAUGUUAUAUUUUUGAAUUUUGUAAUGAUUUACACCAUCUGCCACUUGCUCAUUAUUGUAGCUAAAACUGCAUUGUCUUUUUAACAAUAGGCAUCUUCUUUCUGGAGGCUGGAGACUUUCUCUUUACUUUUGACCUGUUACUUAUAUUCAAAGAUUGCAUGGUAUGGAUGUCUGUUGUCCAGGCUGCAGUAUUGGAUGCUAUACCAUCAGCUUGUUUUUUCAUAAUUGAUUAAGCAGUAUAUGUGUAUAAUGUAUAAUAAUAUAUUUUGGUGUACAUAAUGUAAGUGUACUAUAGGAGUGGUGCAUAGUAAGUCUACCAACCUAUUCACAUAUACUUAUUGAUAUAUAUAGAUAUAUAUUUAUGCGUGUAGACUUACAGACUUUUUUACAGCCUAUUCAAAUUUGUUCUUAAAAUUCUGUGAUGCAAAGAGAAAAAUUGUUAUGAUUGUGCUACAUAAGUCCUUCUAGCACAAACAAAUACCUGUUAUGCAGCUUCCAGUCAUGGGGGAAAAUUAUAAAAAAUCUGAACAUUUGUAAACCUUUCUUAUUCUUGCAGGUCAUUGUGCAACUCAGUACAGUCAUGUGUGAGUGUAGAUUGACAGAUUGUUAUAUUUUUUUUUUCUUCAUUGAUUUUUUUUAUCAUAGAAAACCUGACUAUUUACCUGGUUGUAUACGUUUGCUUUAUAAUUUUGACGGUUUCAGUUGUGGUGAUAUGUGACUGAAUAUUUAUUUUCAGGUUUUAUCAGCAUGCCUUAUUUAAAGUAAUAUGUUAUAAGAUUGCAAAUGUUUAUAUUGAAUAUAUGAUAGUCUCUUCUUAUGUGAAUAUAUGUAAUAAAAUAUUGUCAUAAUA